AUGCAAGGCUUGUUCGAUGCUGUGUGGGAAGAAACAUGUCUCGAUCCGACAAAGUCAGACAACAUGAACCACUUGUGUCUGUUGCCAUUGGACCGAACCAGCAGUGCGCAUUUCCAAUGUAUCAUGCUUUUUGUCUUGCGCUCUGCCGAAUGGCGAGGUUCGUCGGCCAUGGAAACGCAGCAUUGGGCCCGAGACUCUUGGGGAUAG